GUAAGAUGGCUACCUUCGUACCCUCUGCAGCUGUAUAUCUUCCUCCACCACCCUUCAGGCCCCUUCCACUUGCUCAAUGGUUUGAGACGGUCCAUUCCAAUGAAAUCCUCAGCCAUGUGGAUGAAAUGAAGGGAGUGAUCACUUCUACCUAUGGUAGAAUUCUUAAAAUGGAUUCAACAAAGAAGAUCACCAAAAAGCUGGCUGGCGAGAUCGGGGACAGUGCUGCAUGGAUGACAAACAUCGGCAACGAGUUUGGCCAGGUGUUGAACUCUGUUCUGACGACGGGUGAAGGUGCAGGGUUGGAAGAGUUGUGCCAAGGCAUCGUCACUCGGUACAAGAAUGCGGGCCAAGCUGAACCUGAGGUCAUCUAUGUCGACCGGGAUUGCUGCAGCCAGUCAGGUGUGUCUUCAGUGGCUAAGCUCUUUCACCCAUGGAGGUCUGCAGUGCGCUUAGACAGCUUCCAUUUCAUGAGACGCUUUAACUGCGGCCUCACUACAGAACACCACCCUCUCUAUGGCACCUUUUGUGCCAAGCUUUCCUCCUGCGUUUUUGAAUGGGACCAGGAGGAUGUGCAACGCCUGAAGGAGGCCAAGAGAGCAGAGUGGAAGAGCAGCCACAGCGGACAUACUCCCACUGAAGAACAGCUCAUGGCCACUAUCAGCCCAGGGGAAUUAAAGAGACACUGCAGGAGGAGAACGCGUGGAGUGGAGGAGAUGCGGAGCAUGAUUUCAGGGCUGCUGGAAUCAGUAUGGGAGCUGACAGACACCACAGGGCUGCGUCUGGUGAGCCAUGACAGCAUGCGCCACGUGUGGAAAGUGCAGCAGAAGCACCUGGAGUGCCUCCAAGACCCUGCAGGUGUUGCACUGUACACAAAGGUGGGGACACUCCAAAAGGGCGGCAAAGAGCUGGACAUCCUUAGGUGUGGUAGGGGGUCCUCCUCCCUGGAGAGUUUUCACCGACAUCAGUGUGCUUUUAUUCCAGGCUGGAGGUGCAAUGCUGUACAUAUGCAAAUGUACAUGCUCGAGGGGGCAUCAAGAUGGAACAUGGGUCGGGCUAAGGAGGCAGUAGAUGUGGAGGGGGCCUCGUCCCUAAGAAGCUUUGAUGUUCGCUUGAUUUCCCACCUUAACAACUUAAGCCAGCGCGUCCAUGGUUGUGAUCUGGUGCCAGAGAUCACCCCACCCGGGAAACCUACUGGUGAGCGUAUAGCAGUGGAAUAUUUAUUGGCCCAGACCAACAGAGGUGACCUGCUGGCUCCAUCACAGGUCUCCGAAAUCCCCUCGCAGGUGCUUGAGGAGGAGGAUGAACCAGAUGACACCAUCAGCAUGCCUGAUAUUGUCUGCCAUUCAGCUGAGAUAGGGGCUGGUGAUCCUCCAAGUGCUGUGGAGGGUGACACUGAACCCGGACCCCUCAUCACAGAGUCAGCUGAGAUAGGGGCUGGUGAUCCUCCAAGUGCUGUGGAGGGUGACACUGAACCCGGACCCCUCAUCACAGAGACCAGCCAAUGUGACUCGAGGGGCGUUGUGGGAUGGGAGGCAGUUGAUGCCCUUGCAGCCUACCUAGUUGACUUGAAUCGCACCAUCACCGCCUUGUCAGCCAAGGAGGCGGCGUACAUAGUCAACCUGUACACAGCUCUCCAUGCCAUGGACAAAAAACCUUUAAGGUUCACCCAGAAGGCUAAGAAAAAAGCACAUGCAUCAGGAGGACCAUGGAGAGCACCCAGGAAGCCGAGUGGCUCUGCUCCUGGACAGCAGGCGGCAGAGAGACUAUACAUGAUUCACGGCCAAGCAGCCCAGGACCCCGGAAUACAUAGGGUCAGUGACUGUGUUUGCCUCAGACUUGCAAAAGAGUUUGAGCAGUCAUGCAACAGGCCAAAGGACGCAAAGGGGAAAACCAUGCCCAUCCCUCAGUCCAUUGUCAGCGUCUACAGCCACAUCAAACAGCUGCUGGAGGACAGCAUGGUUGUCCUGAACCAGACGAACCUGAGUCUGGUGCCGGUUAACAACACCACAGUAUCUUCAUGGCUGCUUAAGAGGGAUAAGAGGAAGGACAGGAACAUGCAGCUGCAAGGCACUGCACUUCCCAAACAGCUGUACCUGGCCAAGGAGCCUCUUCCUGCAGUGAACACACUUCCAGCUGCCCCUGUGCAACAUGCACAUGAACCUAUGACAUUUGAGGAGCCUGAAAACCAUGAGGGGGAAGCUUUCCCCCGCCAGCGCACACUAGCGGUAAGCAAGCCUGUGUUCUCUCCACCAUCUCCACCUCCCCAGUUCCCUCCACAAUUUGGGCCAGCGCCUCCAUUCCAGCAAACUCCUCAGUUGCAGCAUGCGCCUCCAUUUCCACAUGCUUCUCCAUUUCUGCAUGCUCCUCCAUAUCCCCAUGCACCUCCCUAUACACAUGCACCUCCAUAUCCCCAUGCACCUCCAUAUCCCCAUUCACCUCCAUAUCCGCAUGCUCCUCCAUAUCCGCAUGCUCCUCCAUAUCCGCAUGCUCCUCCAUUUCCGCAUGCUCCUCCAUAUCCACAUGCUCCUCCAUAUCCACAAGCUUCUCCAUUGCAGCAAGCUCCUACAGAGUGCCUUCCAUCCCAGCCAAGGCAACGUGCCUGGAGGCUGAAGAAAGCUGCCCAGGAGGAUGAGGAGCUAGUGUCAAGGGGGGAACCGCCACGGAAGAGGCUAACAAAAGAAAAGUAUCACUACACCUGCAAGUUGUGUGGCCAGGAAAAAAAUAAAACAACUGGACACACCCAGCUGAAGGGGCGGUGGUACUGUCCAGCCUCAGGACUGACCCUGGAUGACUGGAAGGAGAGUGUUUAGUUUCUGUCACCAUUACAUGUCUUUCUCUAUGUUGAUUGUCUGUUAUAAUAAAGUUUAAUCAUUUUAU